UGGAGAGACCAGAGCUCUGAAGGCAGAUGAAACGCCAGAGUCUUGUGAAUUGGGGAAUAACCAAUCUCGCCUUAUGAUGGGAUCGGGCGCUCACUCCACUUGUGGACAUUGACGCUCCGUUCCACAUCAGGAAGGAAAAAGCACCAACUUUCUUAUUUUUUCUUGUAUAUUGCCUCUUUGUUGUGGCGUGGACUCAGCGCUGUCUACCUUCAUGUGGAGAAAGAAGCUGCUGCUGCGCUCUUCGACUCCCCUCUCCUCCUCAUCCGUCCUCUCCAGAUCGGGUCUUUCGUGCUAGGGAUUCGCUUUCCUGGAGUCUCGGUCCUCCAUGUACGAUAACCUCUACCGUCAUGGCUUCGAAGACUCGGAGGCGGGCUCGGCUGAUUCCUACACAAGCCGACCGUCUGACUCAGAUGUGUCCCUGGAGGAGGAGAAGGAGGGCGGCCGGCAGGAGAGGGAGCAGCAGGCCACCAUUCAGCUCGAGAGGGCAAAGAGUAAAGCAGUGGCAUUUGCGGUGAGAACCAACGUCGGCUACUGCGGAGCGCUGGAAGAGGACGUUCCUGUCCCGGGCACCGCCGUCUCUUUUGACGCCAAGGACUUCCUCCACAUCAAAGAGAAGUACAACAACGACUGGUGGAUCGGCCGCCUGGUGAAGGAGGGCUGCGACAUCGGCUUCAUUCCCAGCCCGCUGAAGCUGGAAAACAUCCGGCUGCAGCAGGAGCAGAAGAGAGGACGCUUCCACAGCAGCAAAUCCAGUGCAAAUUCCUCCUCCAGUCUGGGAGAAAUGGUGUCCGGCACGUUCAAACCAAACCCAAACUCAGCAGGAAAGCAAAAACAAAAAGUGGCUGAACACGUCCCCCCGUACGACGUGGUUCCGUCCAUGAGGCCCGUGGUCCUGGUGGGUCCAUCCCUGAAAGGCUACGAGGUAACGGAUAUGAUGCAGAAAGCGCUGUUUGACUUCCUGAAGCACAGGUUCGAUGGAAGAAUAUCCAUCACGAGGGUCACCGCCGAUAUAUCGUUGGCCAAGAGGUCAGUACUUAACAACCCCAGUAAACGGGCCAUCAUUGAGAGGUCCAACACCCGCUCCAGCCUCGCUGAGGUCCAGAGUGAAAUAGAAAGGAUCUUUGAGUUGGCCAGAUCUCUGCAGCUGGUGGUGUUGGAUGCAGACACAAUUAAUCACCCAGCACAGCUUAUCAAGACCUCAUUAGCUCCCAUUAUUGUCCAUGUUAAGGUGUCAUCUCCUAAGGUCUUGCAGCGUCUGAUCAAAUCGCGAGGGAAGUCCCAGAGCAAACACUUGAACGUGCAGCUUGUCGCGGCAGAAAAACUGUCCCAGUGUCCAUCUGAGAUGUUUGACAUUAUUUUGGACGAGAACCAGCUUGAAGACGCCUGCGAACACCUGGCAGAAUACCUGGAGGCGUACUGGCGCGCUACCCACACUUCACUUAGCACGCCGCUCAACCCCCUGCUGGGACGCAAUCUGGGCUCCACUGCUCUCUCCCCGUAUCCGGCUGCCAUCCAGGCCCAAAAGAAUCGAAACAGCAACCACACGACUGCCGACCAUUCGCCCGUGGAGCGCCGCAAUCUGAUGCCCGCGGACGAGAACUACCACAACGAGCGGGCCCGGAAGAACCGCAACCGCCUGUCCUCGGGCUCGCAGCACAGCAGGGACCACUCUCCGCUGAUGGAGGAGGACUACCAAGACCCCUACCAGGACUCUUACAAGCCCCACCGCAAUCGCGGAUCACCGGGAGGCUACAGCCAGGACUCCGCCAGGCACAGGCUGUGAGCCGAUACUCGUCUGAACAGAACCGCUGAGGCGUCAUGAUGAAUCUAUGACAGUCAUGCGAACUGGAACUAUCUCUUAUGUAUGUGUAGAGCCUCAUGUCCCCUUUUGACCUUGGUUGUCGUUGCCAAAUGGACAUCUAUAACCUAAUAUAAAUAUAAAACUACUGCCGUAAAUAUGAGGGUGGACAUGUAGCACAAGAACUAUGUUUUAAACGAAGGCUGGAGGUUUAGCUUGUUUUAAUGUGUCACACAAGUAGCUUGUAAGUUCAAUCAACUAGCAAGUGAAAGUGUGGGGUCUUCUACACUUUCCCUGCCAUCUCAGCUGUCCCUGUAGCAUGGAGGUGGGGGGCUGCGAAGCCGGUGCCUGACAGUAUCCCGCCGCGACUCAGCAACUCAGUUUAAACGUAUCUGAAGACACGAGGAAAGCAAAAAUAUGCCAUUAAUAAUACGUUUGUGCGCUACCGCCGUCGAUGUGUGCGAGCUUGUUCCAAAAUUAUUGACUUUUGCUAUUUGUUUACAGCAUUAUAUAUAUAUAUAUUUUUUUUUUUUCUUCUUCGAAGUUCAUCCAGUAGCUUCCCAUACUUUCCCUGAACUCCCAUUUCGGUCGUAUGCAAAGUCACACAAAUACAGAGAUGUUUAAAGGUCAAACGCUGGAUGUGUAGCGUUUUGUCAUCUUACCCGUCUGGAUAAUUUUGGGUGUAUUACUUCAUAUACAGUGCCUUUCAAGAGUAUUCACAUGGUGGUGGCGGUAUAUACCUGUGGUGAUACAGGACUGGGGGAAAAAGAGAACUAUUGCAGUAUGCAGAAGGUGUGCUAGGUGUCUAGUGUUAAAAUUGUCAAAGUCUGCGUCUAAAUCCAGCUGAGAUUUUUUCCAUGUAAUCUCACUGAGCUUCAACAGGCAAAAAUGUCAGCCUCCUGAUCUUGUACAUUCAUCUUACACAUUAUAAGCUGCAAUCAAAACUGAAAUGUAAACACAUGUAUCAUUCUGCUUUCCUUUCCAAUGAUCUGGUACUUUAUGUUGGGUUUCCACACAGCAUCUACUUGUAAAGCUUUAAAGAGUGAGACGGUAACAUGAAUGCUUUUGUAAGGCACUGUAGCUGUCGUGGAAUGAUGUGCAUUUAGUUUGUUUUAUUUGUGUCUGAGCUUAGUAAGGCAUGAUUAUGAAAAUACAAGAGUGGAUUUUAGUUUGUGACACACUGAGGGCUUCCAUGUGUAAAUAUUGUCAAAAAUGACAGGAGGGAAACCUAAAACUCAACUUUUUGUAAAUCUGAUGACAUUCAAUUGGUUUGAUUCAAGGUACUGCAUAUAACUCAGAUCAAGAUUUCUUUUUUUAAAGGCUUUAUAAUAAUUGUAAAAUGUUCACCGGGCAGAAGCUGAUCCUGAUCGUCUUCUUCGUUUUCAGGUGAAACUUUUUACAUUAUUUUAACUUCCAUUAGAAAUUCUUGGAUAAAAAUGGAAAACUACAGAAUAGAGGAAGGACUUUUCUAGACCCAUUAGAGCUUUUGCUGGCCAGUGCUAACAGUUACAUGUAACUAUCUUUAGCCAAACAGGAAACGAAUGUUCUGCAGGGCAUUUGAUAGAGGUGGUAGACUUGAAUUCAAUAAAGUAUGAACUACCCACUCA